UUUGUCUUUGUUCAUCGGGAAACGUUAAUUCAUGCAAUAUUCAACGAACUCUGAUAACGUUAUUUGGAGAAAAUUGCUCUUAAACUUAGUGGUUUUGAUAGAAAACUAAUGUGAGAUAUAUGAAAAUAAAAUAAUAAAAUUUUGCCUUGUGGAUAAUUAUUACUGAAACUGCAAAAAAAAAUAAACAACAAAUGGAAACUUACGAACAUAAUUACCUUGACACGAAAUUCGUUGAACAUAAUGUAUCUAAUUCUUCAGGAAAUGGUUUGAAACAAACUGACAGUGGAAUGUAUAUUCCAUUAUAUAUUUAUAUAGUUAUAAGCUUAAUGAAUGCAAUUAUAUUUAUCGUAGGUACGUUUGGAAACAUUCUAGUCAUUACUGUGGUGCUUAAAGUACGUGAGAUGCGGACGCCUACCAAUGUGUUCUUGCUGAAUCUUAGUGCUGCUGAUGUUUUAGUGUUGCUUAUUUGCCAACCUGCUGGCCUCUUGGAAUUCUUUGGGAAGGACAUAUGGUUUCUUGGAAAAGUCAUGUGUAAGCUUGUGCCUUUGAUGGAAAACGGUGUCUUGCACGUAUCAAUCCUGACAAUGCUGGCGGUGACUUUUGAACGAUACACUGCCUUGUGUCAUCCUUUCAAACGUAAAAUGUCAUAUACUAUUUCGUCAACAAUUAAAAUAAUCGCUGGAAUCUGGAUCGUCGGGUUUAUUUUAACAUUGCCAUUCUGGGUUAUGACUGAACACGAGGAUGCACGCUUCUACGAUGGAAGCCCAGUAAAAGUAUGCCGAACUAAAGUUAAUGAAACAUGGCGUUAUUUCUACACAAUCUUGGUAACAAUAUUAUUCUUUGCGUUGCCUUUCUUCGUUCUUGUUGGAAUAUAUUCUCAAAUAAUUAAACAGCUCACAUCUGACAGGUUAAAAUCCAUGACCAGGAACGAUAAAUCUGCUCUUAAGACUCUACGUUCCAGAAAGCAGGUAGUUAAUAUGCUUAUCAUUAUAAUAUUACUCUUUUUUGUGUCAUUAUUCCCAAUAAGGGUAAUUACGUUAUGGCUUAUAUUUACACCAAGCGAUGACGUCACAGAGAUUGGACUUGAGGCUUUUCUAAACCUGAUCUCAUGGGCAAGAAUCCUAAUGUAUAUCAACAGUGCAGGAAAUCCUAUCAUCUACAGUUUAACGUCUUCAAAAUUCAAAAUGGCUUUCAGAAAGGUAUUGCCACGAAAUGCACGUCAUCGGUACCAAGGCACAAUGUCAACUAGGUAUAACUGCAACGAGAAUGUCCUUAACCCAGUAGUCGUGUACAGAUGCACUGAUGACGAUGGAAACGUCAAUACAGGCUCCAGAAGAGAAGAGAGGCCUUAUUUGGUGAUAAAACUUCUGUUGGUACCAAAAGUUGAACAGAUAACUUAUUCUCGUGGAAACGGCUCAAGCGAAGAUCAGCACAAAAUGAUAGACGACCAAGACCAAACUGAGAAGAAUUCAUCCGAUUAAACAAAAACAAAAUCAUUUCGGACGUCGUAAUUAUUACCUUUUCAGUGAUAAUAGUUUGAUGAAACAAUAAUUUAACAGUUUAGUACUGCUUUAUAUUAAUUUGAAAUCUUCACGGGACUGCGGGUGUUUGCCCUUUAAAAAACAAGAGGGAUUCAGCCUAUCUUUAAGUUACUUAAAAGUUGUACGCAUUAUUGUUACGCAAUACAUAGAAAUGGGUAGAGAAAUGAAAUAUAUAUGUAAGCAAUAUUUGUUGACUUCAACAGCGCUCGGAAAGGGAAUAUUUGAUUAUUGAAUAAGUUAUUUGUUAGAUCUUUUGGUGAUGUUUUCUACUUUUCGCGUGGCUCAGUGAUCAUACGAAAUAGAUCACGGUAUGUAUUUAUUACAAAGGACAACAUGUUUGUUUUUUAACACAAUAACGUCUGUAUUUAAGUUUUUCCUACAAUUUCCGAACAAUUAAGUAUACAUAUGGAAAACAAUAUUUUAUGAAGAAUAAACAAGUAGGCCAAGAUGGCCCUAGGUCGCUCACCUGAGAAACACACCAUAACAGUGUAAACAUGUUUGACCUAGUGAUUUUAUGGAAACAAAUAUUCUGGCCAAUUUUCAUUAGGAUUGGACCAAAAAUGUGGUCUCUUGAGUUUAAAUAAGUAUUGUCUUUGAUAUGACUUAGUGACCUUGUUUUUGACCCCAGAUGACCUAUAUUCGAACUCGAACUAGAUUUUA